CCCCGCGCUCGGAGGUGGUACGGACCAACCUUACGGUCGUAGAUUCUCCGAGUGAAGCUUUUGACUAAGUCUCAGGAAAGCGUUAGCUACAGAAUUCUAGAUUCAAAUGAAAUCCACCAAACAACGCUGUGGAGGACUGGUUUUGCCUAAAAGAAACAGCAGACCUGAACUUGACUCCUCCUACGCCCUGUGAAGGCUGCCAGGUGGUUCCGUCCGAGGCGCGGACUCCGCCCCCACGAGCGCCGCCAUUUUGUUUGGCUGGAGGGGAGCGAGCGGCGCUUUGGGGGAGGGGUCGCGUAGGCGCCUCACCUGACCCUGCAGCCGCGCAGUUGCUGCUCCGGGGCAGGUCUCCUUCCAGGCCAGGGGCCCGGAAUCAUGUACAUAAAGCAGGUGAUUAUCCAGGGUUUUCGAAGUUACAGAGAUCAAACAAUUGUAGAUCCCUUCAGUUCAAAACAUAAUGUGAUUGUGGGCAGAAAUGGAUCUGGAAAAAGUAACUUUUUUUAUGCAAUUCAGUUUGUUCUCAGUGAUGAGUUUAGUCAUCUUCGUCCAGAACAGCGGUUGGCUUUAUUGCAUGAAGGUACUGGUCCUCGUGUUAUUUCUGCUUUUGUGGAGAUUAUUUUUGAUAAUUCAGACAACCGGUUACCAAUUGAUAAAGAGGAAGUUUCACUUCGAAGAGUUAUUGGUGCCAAAAAGGAUCAGUAUUUCUUAGACAAGAAGAUGGUCACGAAAAAUGAUGUGAUGAACCUCCUUGAAAGUGCUGGUUUUUCUCGAAGCAAUCCUUAUUAUAUUGUUAAACAAGGAAAGAUCAACCAGAUGGCAACAGCACCAGAUUCUCAGAGAUUAAAGCUAUUAAGAGAAGUAGCUGGUACUAGAGUGUAUGAUGAACGAAAGGAAGAAAGCAUCUCCUUAAUGAAAGAAACAGAGGGCAAACGGGAAAAAAUCAAUGAGUUGUUAAAAUACAUUGAAGAGAGAUUACAUACUUUAGAGGAAGAAAAGGAAGAACUAGCUCAGUAUCAGAAGUGGGAUAAAAUGAGACGAGCCCUGGAAUAUACCAUUUACAAUCAGGAACUUAACGAGACUCGUGCCAAACUUGAUGAGCUUUCUGCUAAGCGAGAGACUAGUGGAGAAAAAUCCAGACAAUUAAGAGAUGCUCAGCAGGAUGCAAGAGAUAAAAUGGAGGAUAUUGAACGCCAAGUUAGAGAAUUGAAAACAAAAAUUUCAGCUAUGAAAGAAGAAAAAGAACAGCUUAGUGCUGAAAGACAAGAACAAAUUAAGCAGAGAACUAAGCUGGAGCUUAAAGCCAAGGAUUUACAAGAUGAACUAGCAGGCAAUAGUGAACAAAGGAAACGUUUAUUAAAAGAGAGGCAGAAGCUGCUUGAAAAAAUAGAAGAAAAGCAGAAAGAACUGGCAGAAACAGAACCUAAAUUCAACAGUGUAAAAGAGAAAGAAGAACGAGGAAUUGCUAGAUUGGCUCAAGCUACCCAGGAAAGAACAGAUCUUUAUGCAAAGCAGGGUCGAGGAAGCCAGUUUACAUCAAAAGAAGAAAGGGAUAAGUGGAUUAAAAAGGAACUCAAGUCUUUAGAUCAGGCUAUUAAUGACAAGAAAAGACAGAUUGCUGCUAUACAUAAGGAUUUGGAAGACACUGAAGCAAAUAAAGAGAAAAAUCUGGAGCAGUAUAACAAACUGGACCAGGAUCUUAAUGAAGUCAAAGCUCGAGUAGAAGAACUGGACAGAAAAUAUUACGAAGUAAAAAAUAAGAAAGAUGAACUACAAAGUGAAAGAAACUACUUGUGGAGAGAAGAGAAUGCAGAACAGCAAGCACUUGCUGCUAAAAGAGAAGAUCUUGAAAAGAAGCAACAACUUCUUAGAGCAGCAACUGGAAAGGCCAUUUUAAAUGGAAUAGACAGCAUAAACAAAGUGCUAGACCACUUUCGUCGAAAAGGAAUAAACCAGCAUGUUCAAAAUGGCUAUCAUGGUAUUGUAAUGAAUAACUUUGAAUGUGAGCCAGCUUUCUACACAUGCGUGGAAGUCACUGCUGGAAACAGGUUAUUUUAUCACAUUGUUGAUUCAGAUGAAGUCAGCACGAAGAUUUUAAUGGAGUUUAAUAAAAUGAAUCUUCCUGGAGAGGUUACUUUUCUGCCUCUUAACAAGUUAGAUGUCAGGGAUACAGCCUAUCCUGAAACCAAUGAUGCUAUUCCUAUGAUCAGCAAACUGAGGUACAAUCCCAGAUUUGACAAAGCCUUCAAACAUGUGUUUGGAAAGACUCUUAUUUGUCGUAGCAUGGAAGUUUCAACCCAGCUGGCCCGUGCUUUCACUAUGGACUGUAUUACUUUGGAAGGUGACCAAGUCAGUCAUCGGGGUGCUCUAACUGGAGGUUAUUAUGACACAAGGAAGUCUCGACUUGAAUUGCAAAAAGAUGUUAGAAAAGCAGAGGAAGAACUAGGUGAGCUUGAAGCAAAGCUCAAUGAAAACCUGCGCAGAAAUAUUGAAAGGAUUAAUAAUGAAAUUGAUCAGUUGAUGAACCAAAUGCAACAGAUCGAGACCCAGCAAAGGAAAUUUAAAGCAUCUAGAGAUAGCAUAUUAUCAGAAAUGAAGAUGCUAAAAGAGAAGAGGCAGCAGUCAGAGAAAACCUUCAUGCCUAAGCAACGUAGCUUACAGAGUUUGGAGGCAAGCUUGCACGCUAUGGAGUCUACCAGAGAGUCAUUGAAAGCAGAACUGGGAACUGAUUUGCUUUCUCAACUGAGUUUGGAAGAUCAGAAGAGAGUAGAUGCACUGAAUGAUGAGAUUCGUCAACUUCAGCAGGAAAACAGACAGUUGCUAAAUGAAAGAAUUAAAUUAGAAGGUAUUAUUACUCGAGUAGAGACUUACCUCAAUGAGAAUCUGAGAAAACGUUUGGACCAAGUAGAACAGGAACUUAAUGAGCUGAGAGAGACAGAAGGGGGUACUGUUCUCACUGCCACAACAUCAGAACUUGAAGCCAUCAAUAAAAGAGUAAAAGACACUAUGGCACGAUCAGAAGAUUUGGACAAUUCCAUUGAUAAAACAGAAGCUGGAAUUAAGGAGCUUCAGAAGAGUAUGGAGCGCUGGAAAAAUAUGGAAAAAGAACAUAUGGAUGCUAUAAAUCAUGAUACUAAAGAACUGGAAAAGAUGACAAAUCGGCAAGGCAUGCUAUUGAAGAAGAAAGAAGAGUGUAUGAAGAAAAUUCGAGAACUUGGAUCACUUCCCCAGGAAGCAUUUGAAAAGUACCAGACACUGAGCCUCAAACAGUUGUUUCGAAAACUUGAGCAGUGCAACACAGAAUUAAAGAAGUACAGCCAUGUUAACAAAAAGGCUUUGGACCAGUUUGUAAAUUUCUCCGAGCAGAAAGAGAAGUUAAUAAAGCGACAAGAAGAGUUAGAUAGGGGUUACAAAUCGAUCAUGGAGCUGAUGAAUGUACUUGAACUUCGGAAAUACGAAGCUAUUCAGUUAACUUUCAAACAGGUAUCCAAGAACUUCAGUGAAGUAUUCCAGAAGUUAGUACCUGGUGGCAAAGCUACUUUGGUGAUGAAGAAAGGAGAUGUGGAGGGCAGUCAGUCUCAAGAUGAAGGAGAAGGGAGUGGUGAGAGUGAGAGGGGUUCUGGCUCACAAAGCAGUGUCCCAUCAGUUGACCAGUUUACUGGAGUUGGAAUUAGGGUGUCAUUUACAGGAAAACAAGGUGAAAUGAGAGAAAUGCAACAGCUUUCAGGUGGACAGAAAUCCUUGGUAGCCCUUGCUCUGAUUUUUGCCAUUCAGAAAUGUGACCCAGCUCCAUUUUACUUGUUUGAUGAGAUUGACCAGGCUCUGGAUGCUCAGCACAGAAAGGCUGUGUCAGAUAUGAUUAUGGAACUUGCUGUACAUGCUCAGUUUAUUACAACCACUUUUAGGCCUGAACUGCUUGAGUCAGCUGACAAAUUCUAUGGUGUGAAGUUCAGAAAUAAGGUAAUUUUAUUUUACAUUGAGUUUAAGUCUGUAUUUAAUCAAUUAUAUUUGUUGAAUUCUGGUUUUAUGUUACUUAAAUAGUGAAAGAAAACUUAGAAAGUCUUUGCUUAUCUGAUGUCUUUGUGAAGAAAGAACUUUUCCUUCAAAUAACUGUGAAGUUUAGCAGUAUUUUAUGGCAUUGCAUUGGUUUUAUUUUCAUUGGCAUUAACAAACAAUAUCUUUCUGUCCAGUCUAUUCAGUGCUUCUGUAAUGCACAGUCUUUAACAAUUACAUAUGUUCAUUUGUAUGGACUGCAUAGCUCUUCCUGGGUGUCUUCCCAACCUUAAAAUUCUUGAUGAAAUAGCAAAGUAAUAGUGAACAAAAAGGUAGUUUAGAUGUUUAGGCAUAUUUAUUUCUUCAGAGCAUUAAAAUACCUAUUUUUUAAAUCCAUGCGUUGAACAAACACAACUGUAAAUAAAGGUUUUGUAAGUCAGUGCUUCAGAAUUAUUUUCCUUCAUACGUAAAAUACAGGUGAUAGGCCGGGCACAGUGGCUCACGCCUGUAAUCCCAGCACUUUGGGAGGCCAAGGCAGGUGGAUCACCAGGUCAGGAGUUUGAGACCAGCUUCGCCAGAAUGGUGAAACCCCCAUCUCUACUAAAAAUACAAAAAUUAGCUGGGCAUGGUGGUGUGCACCUGUAGUCCCAGCUACGUGAGAGGCUGAGGCAGAAGAAUUGCUUGAACCUGGGAGGCGGAGGUUGCAGUGAGCCAAGAUGGUGCCACUGCACUCCAGCCUGGGCAACAGAGCAAGACUCCAUCUCAAAAAAAAAAAAAAAAAAAUUAAAAAAUGUAGGUGAUAGGCUGUAUAUAUUUACCCUAUACAAUGCAAACACUGAUGUAUUUAACAGAUUUUUGUUUUUAACAUUUAUUCUGCAGGUUAGUCAUAUUGAUGUGAUCACAGCGGAGAUGGCCAAAGACUUUGUAGAAGAUGAUACCACACAUGGCUAAUUGGAAAAUACUACCUACUGGUUUGGGAGAUAUGUAUAGUAAUAUGAUUCUCAUACCCAGGAACUGUAAAUUUAAACCUAAAUAUUUGGCCAAUAGUUUUCAGACUUAAAGCAUCAUAGUCCUUUUAUAUUUGUCUUUGUAUUUUAUAAGAUACUCUGUAAUGUCAUGUUUGUACUUAUAGUUUAAGAAUUUAAUUUCCUGUACAACUUUUUGUAAAAUGUUCUAUUUUAAAUGUUUUGAAACAUGCUAAAUAUUCUUUCCUAAUUAUUUUAUCACUUAUACUGCCUUUUUUAUAGCUUCAAUUAAAUAAUCGGUUUUAUGACUAA